UCCUCUCUCCGCCGCUCCGCUCGCUUGCCGGUCAGAGGGCCGGAGCGAGAAGAUGGCGAAGACCUACGAUUAUCUGUUCAAGCUGCUGCUGAUCGGAGACUCGGGGGUGGGCAAAACCUGCCUCCUAUUCCGCUUCUCCGAGGACGCCUUCAACACCACCUUCAUCUCUACCAUCGGAAUUGAUUUUAAAAUCAGAACGAUAGAACUGGAUGGAAAGAAAAUUAAGCUUCAAAUAUGGGACACAGCAGGUCAGGAAAGAUUUCGAACCAUCACAACAGCAUACUAUCGAGGAGCCAUGGGAAUUAUGCUGGUGUAUGACAUCACAAACGAAAAGUCCUUUGACAAUAUUAAAAAUUGGAUAAGGAACAUUGAAGAGCAUGCCUCUUCAGAUGUUGAAAGAAUGAUCCUGGGUAACAAAUGUGAUAUGAAUGACAAAAGACAAGUGUCAAAAGAAAGAGGAGAAAAGUUAGCAAUUGACUAUGGGAUUAAAUUCUUGGAGACAAGUGCAAAAUCCAGUACAAAUGUAGAAGAGGCAUUCUUUACACUGGCACGAGACAUAAUGACAAAACUCAACAGAAAAAUGAAUGACAGCAAUUCUUCAGGGGGAGGUGGACCAGUGAAAAUAACAGAAAACCGAUCAAAGAAGACCAGUUUCUUCCGUUGCUUGCUUCUUUGAUGAACUCUUUCUGAGAGACUGCAGCACACCUAGAGGACCCUUUCCUGCUUCUCUGAAAGCACAGGUUACCCAGCCUCAGAAUCACACCGCCAGCUGCUGCUGAGAGCAUCACUGAACCUAGACUUCUAGACAGAGAAUGCCAAGUGGAUUCCAGCCUCACAGCCUAGCAAGAUGACAGGCUCCUUGUUUCAAACGUGGAAGCAAUGACGUGGAGACACAUGCAGGACUCACCUUGUAUUUUCUUUAUUGCCUAUUGCAGAAGCUGCUAUCUUUCUUUUUCCAGUUUGCACAUAAGUAUUAGCCUUUCCCAUUUACAGCACAGUCUGCAAUUUGUGUUUGCACACUUUUGUCUCAUAAAGUCCUAGACAAAUUUGUGCACUUAAGGAUGUUUUUAAAAGGGUGGAACCUUGAAAGCAGAGGUUAACAUACUGAGACAUAAAGGACAUUUAGUCUGGUUCAAAUG